UGAAUGAUAGAGCGUUGGCCGAAAAGCAAAUAAAGAAAGGCGUGUCUUUGUGGCAACUCUAAUGGCAAUAAUGGAAUCUCCGGAUUGUUCUUUUGAUCUCCAACUCCUUCCCUUUUUGCCUAAAGUCAUCUCAUCAUAAACCCUCAAGCCCACAAACCAAGCCCACCAUAACUCAUCCCUUCCUUGCACGCCACAAUCCCAUUCUUCCUCACUGUAUAUAAAUCCCACUCCCUUCAUAAAAAUCUACUCAUCAUCUUUCAGUUCUCAGUACAGUUUCCCAUAAUACCAAUUUCUCGACAAAAUGACCAACUUCAAGCUCCUACCUCUCCUCCUCUUCUUCUACGUUCUGUCUGCAACUUCAUCUUCCUUCAACGAUGCCAACCUCAUACAACAAACCUGCAAGCACACUCCAAACCAAGCCCUCUGUCUGCAAUACCUCAAAUCAGACCCUCGAAGCUCUGAUGCUGACAUCUCAGGGCUAGCUCUCAUCAUGGUGGACGCCAUGAAAGCCAAAGCCAAGCAAGCCCUCGCCAAAAUCCGCCAAGAGCUUCAGCGAAGAAGCCACAGUGAUAGGGAAAAGCAAGCCCUGCGUUCUUGUGCAGACCAGUACAGAGCAGUUCUAGAAGCUGAUGUUCCAGAAGCUAUUGCAGCUCUGCAAAAGGGGGAUCCUAAGUUUGCAGAAGAUGGGGCUAAUGACGCAGCCUUGGAAGCCAAUUCUUGUGAAAGUGGCUUCUCCUCUGGGAAAUCGCCACUCACACCAGAGAACAAUGCUCUGCAUGAUAUUGCUCAAGUUACUGCAGCUAUUGUCAGAAACUUGCUUUAGAUUUUUGUUCCUGGAAUGAUCUCUUUGCUGUGAUAAUGAUUUAAGUUCAGUUAACGGUAUUGGCGUGGUAAAGAUCACAAUCACUUCUGCUUUUUGUUGAUGGGAAUUGUUGGGAGGGGAUAAGUAUUGGUGUGUCUUUUUCCUCUGUUUUUUCUCGUUUUCACACGGAGAGCAUUAACAUGUCUUAUUCAAAUUCAAUAAAUGUAUGGGGCUAAAUUGAUAAGGA